AUGGAACCGUGCUCCGCUCCUCACAGGCCUGCAGAGAAGGCUGCUUUACAGCCCUCCGCGGUGUCGGGAAAGUCGGCUUCGCUGCACGCGCGAGAAGGGCGAGAGGAAGGGUCGUAUCGAGACAGUUCAACGGCUUCUGAACGGGCGUCGACUCUCCUGAAGGAUGCCGAUUUCCGCGCCAAGUAUCCUGCACUAGCGAAGGCGCUGCAAGAAACAGUCGGCGAUGCGCCUUCUUUGCCUUGUACCUCCGAGACUUCCCUUUCCUGUCCCGCUCUUUCACGGUCCCCUCCUGGUGACGAGCCCAGCUCUGCAUCACCGCCUUCACCUUCACGCUCUUCUGCAGCCAGCGUCUCCCAGUCCGUUGCUUCAGCUCCCCCGGCUUCAAGUGAGCCGGACUCUUCCCCUGACCGGCCUUGCCCGUACGAGCCUACACCUCGCGGGUCCGAACCCACUCCGUCGCCAUCUCGUGAACCUUCCUCCUUUGCUUCGCAAGUCGACCUGUGUCGCCCAACGGCCCUUUUUGCGUGCUCGCCGACUGUGGGAUUCAGUCCGCCGUCAGUCCCUACCACGACGCACAACUUUUCGCCUCACCCUUCUCCUGGCCCCAGUCGUCAGCAUUCCGCGUUUGUUCCUGAUCUUCCCACUGCGCAUCAUCCCUGUGCACCCCUGCGUUCUGGUGGGGCGUAUGGCGAGAACGGAGAUACUCCGCAGGUUGCCACGCAGCCGCCGAGAGCGGCGUGCCCCGAGGCCGCCGGAGAAGGGAGGCAAACGAGUCCUUGGCAACAUGGCGUGGAAAAAGGGAACGGCCAUACUCUACUGUUCCCGUCCGCGCCCUUGCCUGCGUCUCUGCAUAGCCCAAGGAAACCGGGCAAUCCACAAAGGAGUGGAUACUCUGCAGUAGAAGCCCAGGCGCCAGCCUCGCGAUACAUUCCCGCCAAUAUGCGAUGUCGAAAGGAACUGACUCCUCCGCCUGGGCCCUCGGAGAGAGCAGACGGCACAGCGUCGGAGGGCGAACACGAGGGACACGUGGGCGGCCAGGCCGCCGCCGGCCCGCUCUUCGCCGUGCCGCCUGGCGCCAGUCCGCCUCACCACUUUCUGAACAGGCUGGAAGACUUGCAGCAUCAAUAUGCAGGCAUCGUAGGCGCGCGCAACGCGGUGGAGUACCAGUACCAGCUCUUUCGGUCUUUGGAUCGUCCACCGAUUCUUCUGAGCCCUCCGCCACGCCCUUCCUUUCUUCCCGCGACCCCGGGCCCCGGAGCCUACGCUCGGCUUCCUCCGCAGCUUCCGAAGCCGCUUCAAAGUCUCCAACGCCUGUACCAACAGCGGCAACAGGCGGCAAAAUGGGCGCCUUCCGCAAUGUGGCCAGGAGGGCCAGGGACAGCGCUUCCGGGCUUUGCGACUUCUGGCGCCUCUGUGUCGCGCGACGGUCUCGUGCUGCCUUGGCAGACGACGGCGCCUCCGCCCUUCUUUCCGGGCGCUAUGGGACCUCCGGGCCGGGGCUCCGCGUGGAGCCCCGACGGGCGCCCCGCCGCGGGCUCCGAAGGCGCUCCGGCGGCUCCGGCUGCCCCGGCGGUCGCAGGCCCUGUCUGCGGGGCUAGAGCGGUCGCGGACUGGAAGGGCCUUGGGCCGGUCGAGAAGGACAAAACUGUCAACCCCGCCCUCGUGUUUGCGAAAGAAACGAUGGACGGCGUCUUGCAGCAGCUUCAGUCGGAAGCAGUUUCCCUGAAGAAGGGGAGCCGAGAAAUCGGGCGGAAGCUGCUGGAGAGCAAAGCAAAGUCCGAGGUCGAAGAGUGGAGGACCAUGGGGGUCGACGAGCGUCUGUGUGAACUGACUGUCGAGCAGCAGGCAUUCAUCAAGGAGCAGAUGCGGGCGAUCGAUGAGGCGAAGGAAAACCUCCAGACGAUGAAGAGCGAGGCUGACCGCCUCGAGCACCGGACUCGGGACGCGUUCCACCGCGCGCUGUACGCGUCUGGGGAAGACAGCGAAGAAGUGCAAGCGCGUCGGGAGCAAGUGAAGAAGAUGGAGGAGCUGCGCCAGCAGCUCCCUCCCGAGUCCGCAGUCGACGCGACAGUCUGCGGGUACGUCACUCAGGCCGGUCCGGAUCCGCUCGAGAAGCUGGAUCAGUUGGAUCUCGGUCACGCCUUGGAGCAACUGCCAGCCCAGAAGUGCAGGCUGGCAGUCGCGUCUCUGCUGCGGCAGAUGGGGUACCGGAAGGCGUCUCAGCCGGUCCCCGUGCGCCGGAACGGCUACCCCGCGCAGUACUUUUCCAAGUUCCCCGAGCUGUAUCCGUACCCCGAGUACGGCUCCGGCCUGCCACUGUCCCAGCAGGCGAUCCAGGAGCGGCGACGCGAGCUAGAGGAAAAGGGCGUGGCCGCGAGUGCCUUGCCUCCCGUCCACCCGGAGGUUCCUGUCCCGCCGCCCGUGGCUUCGGCCCUGUUGAAGGAAGAGCAGAGUCUGAUGGAGGACCAGAAGCAGAAACAGGACGAAGAAGAAGACUGGGAAGAGUACUUCCGCACGAAGCGGGAGGCGCGCGAUCGGGCGCUCGAGGAGGCGCGAGCGUGCAAGGCCCGCGAAGAGGCGAUGCGGGCGGCUGAGGAAGCCCGAGAAGCCGUGGAGCUGCUGGCGCGCCGGCAGAGGCUCCUGGAGGAAGAGACGCGGUGCGCAGAGAGGAGAGCCCGCGCGGAGCGAGAGCUCGCCAAGGCGGAAGAAGCCAAGGCACGUGCACUCCGCGAGGCGGAACUUCGCGCGCGGCUAGAGUCGACGCACGCAGCGCGAGGCCGAGACCCAGACGUCCCAGAGCGAGCAGGCGACUCCCUCGAGUUGAACCGAAGGAGUCGGGAAGACUCGCUUGACGCGCGCGGCAGAAGACCUUCCCACGACAAGGUGCCGGGGCCGAAGACGGGAGUGUCGCGGACGGGCUCUCAGCGCCGCCAAGCAACUUUGACCGUGGAGGCUGCGGAGACGCUUGCGGAUCGGAUGAGGCAAGCCAGCCUGAUGAAGCGGCGGAGCGUUGUGAGUCCAAAGACGCGCGAGCGAGACCGGGACGAGGAGCCUGAACCCAGCCGGGCGAAGGAAAGACGGGAGAGAGACGACGGAAGGCGUGGCGAGGGAAGGGCGUCACGAUCCAAAGUCGACAGAGGGGAAAGCAAACUGCAUGCGAUGCCCAGUCUCGGCGUCCAGAGAACGCUGACCAUGUACAAGACGCCCCUGUCGCGCACACUCUCUUCUUCCCAACCCGUGGAACGCGGCUCUGGAGCGGACAAACGGGGCGGGAAGGCCAGCGACGCCCAGCGCCUGUCUCUUGACAAAGUUGAGCCGUCUUUCGAUGACAAAAGGGACUUAGAGAAAGUGCAAGUUCCCGAGCAACUCCUCUCUGCAGGCCUCGUCGUCUUACCUGUAGAAACCCGGAGGAAGGCUGACCUCACAAGGAGCACCCUCGCGAGGCGCUUACCCGCCCAAAAAUGCGAAACCUUUGUCCACCUGCAACCGCCUCCGGAGCCUCAAGACGCUGCCGCAGUCUACGCCCGGUACAGAGAGAUCAAGGAACUCCUCGCAAGUGGCCAACUUGGUUUGAAAGAGAAGGCCCAGGACGUGUACGACUUUGCGUUCGCCUGCUGCAAGAAAGUUGUGCGCGAGGAUCCACACUCACAGCAAUAUGCCAACGUGCUGAUGGAGGCCGUGCCCUACUACCCGUACCAAAUUGACAUUCAACGCGCUGGCGUCAUUGCCUUCCUCAACAUCUUUGAACACUGCAAGUAUCAAGAACAGUUGUCCGUGCCUCUCUUUGACUGCCUGACGACGUUGAUGGCGAUCGACGAAAGCAGUCUCCGAGGCGACAUCAUCGCCGUCAUGGCGGCCGUCAUUCGACCGCAGGUGGUCAUAAAUUCAGACUUGGUGGACCUACUCCUGAACUACAUUGAAAAAGCGACGGAGCCGGAACUCUGCAGCUACGGCAUCCACGUGCUGCUCGUCGCGCGCUCGCCGCACAAAAAAGAAGAGCAGUACGCCCUCUUUGUUCGUCUACUCGGAAAAUGGAAAUUCGAAUCAACUGUCCCAACGCGAGCCUGCCUGGCCAUCGACGCUUUUGCGAAGCGAGCACAACUGGAGGAGCUCGCAGCGCACCAAAGAGCGAAAGGAAAGCAGGAGGGAAGCAUACAAGUCUCGGAAGGCCUUGCAAAGCUCCGACGCGGAAUCUCCUACUCCGAACUCACCCAACUGUUAGACAAUCCUCAUCCACCCGCGUGGAUGGGAAGAGACGCAAAUGAUGUACAACAGGUGGUUUUGGUCAUGGAUCGCCACUCUCAGCACCGCCGCCUGCAGGGCGCAGCUUGCCAGGCUCUUUCCUCCUUGUGUGGGGUGUCUCUACUCCACUGCGAGUACGUGGCCAGCGAGGGACUCUCGCGUAUGUACACUGCGACGCUGAAUCACAAGGAGAGUCAAACGAUCGCGCUCUCGCUCUGCUCAGUCAUUUCGCUUCUCGCGACAGUCCCGAAAUGUCGGGCCCUUCUCCAACCGAAGAUGGUGCUGCUCAUCAAGCAAUGUAUCGCCCGCCACAGAGCCGUCGCGGAGGUUGUCGGCGCAGCGUGCGGGGCACUGGCAAAACUGGACGCCGUCUUCCCCGUAACAAACGAGAACAUGGAGAGGUUGACAUGGGCCAUCAUCGUGAACAACCUAAAGAAUUCGUCCGACCAACCGCAAGUCGUCAUUCCCACGGCGGAUCUGAUUCAGCGAAUGGCUGCGAAAGUCAACGAACUCGCGGAGGUUCGCGAGCGUCUCGUCGAACUCGACGCUGUCGAGGCUCUCGUAAAAUCCAUCACAGGCUGCAGCGCCGACCUGGAGGCCUGUCAAGUGGCGUGCCGAGCGGUGUCUCGGCUGGUGUACCGACAGCCGCAGGGGUCUCGGAUCUACACGGACCUCGUUCGUCUCCGCGUGAUGACUGCCUUUCUCUUUGUUCUCCUCAAACACCACAAAAACGCCUCCUUCUGCCGAGAUGUCCUCUGCUGUAUUGCAAACUGCGCCUCUUACCGGCCGUGCGCCGAGGCCGUCAUGGAGAGAGGCGUGAACGUCAUCUGCAAGGCUAUGGAUGCAAACAUCAAAGACGUCGAAGUCGUCGCCCAGGGGUGUCGGUGCCUGGGACUGAUCGCGGAGGAGGCUUCGCUGAAGGCUGCCGCGGAGAGUCGAGCAGAGGCGAUCAUUUCCUUUGCGGUUGAGCAAUUCUCCUCCAAGGCAGAGACUCGCCGGCUGCUCAGCGACUUUCUCUGGGCGAUCUUCCGGCAGCACGGUGUACCCCCGCAGCUGAUUGAGCGCCUGUGGAAUCCGUCCGAGCCGUUUCAGACGCCGCGACGCGCCUCGCCGCGUGGCAGCGUCCGAGAGAGAAGAGGCGACGAGAUGGAGCGACUUCGGUCCAGAUCUCCCACGGACCCUCGAGCUCUCGCGCGAGUCUCCUCUCACCGCACGCUCCGUUCGCCCUCGUUGUCUCCACUACCGUCCUUCAGAGACGUGAAGUGA